UUAGCAUAAAGUCUAAGACAAAGAGAGGUUUUUUAAAAUAAGAAAUAAGCUUCAUUUAUUUACCUGAAUGAAAAGAGUGUUGAUCACAUUCAGAGGUACAGAAAGCAUGGUUGUUGUGCACUCUACGAACGUGUUUUGCAAAGGAAUUGGUCUUUUGAAAUACUGAUCUGCAUUCCCCUAUUCCACAUGGUAAGUUCAAAUUGCAGUCAUUUUUGUGACUUGAGUUAUAGUGCGAUAUCAGUGCUGAAAAAAUAAAAGCGUAAAAUCCACAGAGGAUACACUUCCACACUUUCAUUUUCACGAACUUUGGAAUAGAUCGAAGGACAGCACUUGAAGGUUUUCAUUCGCGCCUUUUCUGUCAAAAACGGGUUACCUCAUUGGCUACUUACGUCACGUGAUGGUUGCUAUGCGUCAUGGAUACUGCGGUUCACCCUUUUGCCUGAAUAUUCUUUAAAACAAUUCGAAAACGUACUGGUAGUUAGAAUAUUUUAAGGAUUAUAAACUUCUUUGUGCUACAUGAUAAUUUUAACAAUUUAUUAUAAACGGUUCAAGGUUAACGCUGCUGCUCCACUGCGGCGUGAUUGGAAAAUUACUGGAGAACACGAAUCGCUGAUUGGUUGAGAUGGUUUCGAUGACGUCAUCGGCAGACCGUGUAGUAAAGUUGCACCCGACGUUGUCUGCUAAAACUCGUGCUGUUGGCCGUUGAAGCCAUACUUCGCCGUACUUCGUUUCUUUUCGGGAUUUUAUUUUUUGUGGUGAUAUUUCACUGAACUUUGAAUUCACAGAAUUCACUGAGAUGAAUACAAAUAAUCUUACUUCAUAUGUCUCAGCCGAAGAUUGCAAAGUUCUUCAAGCUCACAAAGUCACUGAUCUAACCACAUUAAAGACGCUGACAAGACCAGAUUUAACAGACAUAUUUCCAGGCCCGGAAAAUUUUUUUACAAGAAAACGUCUGUGGGUUGUAAUUGAAGACUUGAGAAAUCAAGAAAAACGUGUGAUAAAUGCAGGGAUGGUGGAGCUGAAGUCACGUCCUAACUUUAUUGUCAAGAGAGAACAUCGAAAAAUAAGUUCUCGAUUCAGCUCUGACUCUGAUAGUGAUGAGGAAUCCAAAUUGGAAGCGUUGUCUGACAUCUGCCAAGCUUUUGAGACAUCAACAGUUUUAAGUGAAGAAGUAUCUAGCCAUUACAUCAAUGAAAUCGAAAGAAAAACCUCUUUAGUUAUCAACCAAACUUGCAAGAAAUCUACAGAGCUUGAUGAUGAAAUUUAUAGCCAGGAUGGAGAGCUGGAAGAAUGGAAAAAACACAUGCAAAAUGCAUACCGUGAAUUACUGAAUAUUGUCACAAACGAUGAAAAUGAGCUUGAUCAUGUGCCUGCAAGUAUUAGUCCAAGCAGUACACCAAAGACAAGAUCAGUAUCAAGCUCUUCUGUAUAUUCAAGUCCAUCAGAUAUAGAUGAGUCACAAGAUGAAGUACCAACUUUGAAAAGGUCAAGUGGUGUUUUACAGGAAGACAUUGAUCUCCUAGAAAACUUUUCAUUUCCAGUUUCAGCAGAAAUGAAAGCAUGCUGUAAAAACAGCACCUUUCCAUCUAACUCAACACGUACAGCAUUUCUUAGAGAUUGCUACACCUGCUUAACAGCAAUAACUGGCCCAAACCCUGGGAACGUACAGUUUCAAAUGGCAGCGAAGAAGAUUUUGGAUAAAGUUCCAGUCCUGAAAGACAUAAAACCACCUGCUUGGCCAAAGGAAAAGCCAUUUCCAUAUUGGGAUUCUGUAGUGAGAAGUCUAAAGAAAAGACAGUACAAUCGUAACAAUACAUCCAAAAAGGUAAAGUUGGAAUCCUCUGAUGCCACUGCCAUGAUGAAUGAAGAUGGUGACUGCUCCAAGCAUUAUAAAACAUUGCAAACAGAGUUAAAGCGAAAGAACACCAACGUUGAUGUAGUAAAGCAUCUACUGUCCAUUACCUUCCAAAAACGAAAAGACGAAAUACAGUCGUCAGAAGCAUCAGCAAAGGAGGCAGUCUCACAAUUAAUAAAAGAUUAUCCUUUUUUUCAAAAUGAGAGUGUGUUACUUAUUGAACUGGAAUUGCACUUGAAACUUAAAAGAGGCGAAAUCACAGAAGAAUGUGUUCCAGAGUUGAUAAACAAUUUUGAGACAGUGCAGCGUGACAUGAAGCUAAAUGCACACUCAGGCCCGACUAGUUUGCACGCCAUAAACGAACUUUGCAGACACUUCAAUUGCAUUCCCAUCAUUUAUUCUCUUGAGGGUGAUCAGCCACUACAAGACUUUAUUGCAAAAACUGUUUCAACAACAGCACCAGCACUGGUAGUGUUAGAAGAAGACGAAUCUCAAGAGUUUUUUAUCGUCAUUGAUAAAAAGGAAUUUCUCGAGCUAAGUAAAGACUCAACGCCAGCAAAGGCACUAGUUGUUUUACUAGCUGUUUACUACGCUCUUGACUUGCAGUAUGACCCUAAGCAAGCAUUGUGUUUUAAGUUUCUUGAAGAGUAUGUUCUAAAGGUGCCGCAGUCCAAAAGGUCACUCAAAUACAAACGGUUGAUUAACCAACUGUUUGGAAAGUGAGAAACAACAUAUUAAGUCAUUGCAAAUGUAAAAGAAUAAUUUCACGGUGCAAUAUGUUAUAGUUACUACUACUGUUAGUAUACAAGUUGAAACAUUAUAACCAUUAUAUCGAAAAAGUAAUAUGACAAUUUGUCCAAAUAUAGAGCAGAGUCACAUGAAUCAUGAAAGUGAAAGCUAAAAAAGUACUAACUAAUAUAUAAUAAAUAUAUGCUUAUUAUAGUUACUCAUAAGUAUUAAUUUAGUUUUUAUUUCAUAUAGUUCAUGUGACUCUGCUGUAUCAUAAAUUACAGACAGUUACAUUUAUAUGGGCAUAGGGUGAUCAGCCUCUACAUUUAUUAGACUUUAUUGCAAAAACUGUUUCAACAACAGCACCAGCACUGGUAGUGUUAGAAGAAGACGAAUCUCAAGAGUUUUUUAUCGUCAUUGAUAAAAAGGAAUUUCUCGAGCUAAGUAAAGACUCAACGCCAGCAAAGGCACUAGUUGUUUUACUAGCUGUUUACUAUGAUCUUGACUUGCAGUAUGACCCUAUAAGCAAGCAUUGUGUUUUAAGUUUCUUGAAGAGUAUGUUCUAAAGGUGCCGCAGGCCAAAAGGUCACUCAAAUACAAACAACCUACAUUGCCAAUGUGAUCUAUUGCCAUAGUUACUACUACAACUGUUAUUAUAUGUAGAAACAUAUUAACCAUUAUAUCCAUAAAGUAAUGACAAUUUGUUAAUGUAUUGGCCUUUGGAAUGCAAAAUAACGAAUGUGUUUUGUCAGGAUUUGUUAAAACUCAGGUACGUUGAAUUAAUACAGUUGUAGUUACAUUAAAGAUAAAAGU